AUGGCUUCGCGAUCAUUCAUGCCUCUGCGGAGGUCAUUUGCUCAGAUCUCGUCCCGAACUGCUCGAGCAGCUGGUCGCAAUGCGGGCAGCUCUGCCCGUGGAUAUACCACUGAGAGCUCGUCUCGUGGGAAGCAGCAAUUCACCGUGUGGAGGCCCUACCUGCGUCUCGCAGUUGGCGUGCCGUUCAUCGGAAUGAUUAUUUACUCUAUGGCCACCGGCGAAGUCACCGAUCUCGACGCCCCAUCCAUCGCCGAGCUAGACGCAGCUCUGAAGCAAUCCUCCCAAAUCACCGAGUCCUCCCCGAUGCGCCUGCGAAUGGAAAAGCUCAUCAAGGAGCAACAGCAAAAGAUCAUCGCAGAACUGGCCAGGAUAGACGGAAAGGAGUUUAAGCAAGAUACCUGGACCCGACCCAACGGCGGUGGCGGCAUUUCAUGCGUCCUGCAAGACGGAAACGUCUUCGAGAAAGCCGGUGUCAACGUCUCCGUCGUGUACGGCGAACUGCCCCGCCCGGCUAUUGAAAAGAUGCGCGCAGACCACAAGUCCUUCGUCGGCGCGGAUGUCGAUUCUCUGAGCUUCUUUGCGGCGGGUCUCUCGCUCGUGCUGCACCCGCAUAACCCCAUGGCUCCGACUGUGCAUCUGAACUACCGUUACUUCGAGACCUCCGAUCCUAAGGAUCCUAUCAAUGGUGAUAAGAACUGGUGGUUCGGUGGUGGUACGGAUUUAACCCCGUCCUACCUUUUCCCCGAGGAUGCGCAGCAUUUCCACAAGACUAUCAAGGAUACCUGUGAUCGCCACGAUCCUACUUAUUACCCCAAGUUCAAGGCCUGGUGCGACAAGUACUUCUACAUUCCCCACCGUGGUGAAUGCCGUGGCGUUGGCGGUAUCUUCUUCGACGAUCUAGAUGCCAAUUUCCUCCAAACAUCCGCUGGUUCUUCGUCCAACCCGCAGGAAACCCUGUUCUCUUUCGUUUCGGACGGCCUGGCCUCUUUCCUCCCCUCUUACGUGCCUAUCAUCGAGAAGCGCAAGGAUAUGUCGUAUACUCCUGAGCAGAAGCAGUGGCAACAGCUGCGUCGUGGCCGGUAUGUCGAGUUUAACCUCGUUUAUGACCGCGGUACUAGCUUCGGUCUACGCACUCCUAAUGCUCGUGUUGAGAGUAUUUUGAUGAGUCUGCCUCGCACGGCUAGCUGGGCGUAUAUGGAUCCCGUCUCGGGUACUCGUACUGAGAGUAUGCUGGUUGAUGAGGAUGAUCUUGGCGAGGAUAAGACUAGUGAGAAGGAGAUUAUGGAUGUGCUGAAGCACCCUCGACAGUGGGCUUGA